AUGUUCGAUCAAACCUCUUUAACAGCCAACUUUACUUCUACUAUUCCAGCUAAAAGAUUUCGAUCGUACUCUCAAGAUUCAACCACUGCUACUACAGCUACAGACUCUACUCAUUUUGCUGACUCUACAAAAUCUUCUAUUGGCGAGUUCGAAAUUCCCUAUUGUGAUAACGAUGGAGAAGACGAUGGCAUUAUAAUUCUUUUGGAUCCUUCCCAACUUGACGUGGAAAGACAAUUUGUCUUUGAAAUGUGCAACAUUUCAACUGUUUAA